ACCUCAGGCGAUCUGCCCACCUCAACCUCUCAAAGUUCUGGGAUUACAGGCAUGAGCCACCGCACCUGGCAAAGCUAUGUAUCUUUUAAGAGGACUGGAGGACUUGUCUGAAGGUUUUGGAGGGAAGAUCACCAAACACAUUUACACCUGUAAUCUGGGGUAGAGGGUGGGGCCAGGCUGUGAGGAGACACCAAGGCUGAGAACAAGAGACCCAGAGGAGCGCAGGCCGUGGGGAGGAAUGUGGGACACGGAGGAGGUGAGAGAGAGCCUGGGAGGUGGCUGGGAUGGCGCCACUUCUCAGCCCUGGAGAAGGGAGGAGGUGGGUAUUGGGGAGCGGCCCUGCAUUGGAAGCAAAGUCUGGGGGUUCCAUCUAACUCCAGUACUUCCCAGGCAUGUGGCUUGGCCCCAGGAACACCUCGGUCAGUGCCACUGCUGCCCGAUUCUCACCAAGGGGAGGAAGGGGGAAGUUUCAAGAUGGAAAACUGGGGAAGGAAACUCUCCAAAUGGUGCUGGGGACACAAAAGCGCAGAUAGGCCAAGUCCCUUGCUUGCGGUCACACAGCUCGGCCUCAAGGCGGGCCUGGGCUCCAGCCCUUGUUGCCCCAGGCAAUGCGGACUAACCCUGCCAGCGGGAGGCGUGGUGGGCCGACCUCUCUUCUCCCUCGUGUCUCCUAAUAUCCCACCCAUGCUUCUGGUUUCUGGGCUUUCUCUCUGUCCCUCUCUUCUUUUCUGGCUCUGGAGUUCUGGGGCUCUGUGUCUGUCCCUUCCCCUCCUCACCCCACCUCUGCCCCUCUCCCCACCCUCACUUUCUGCCCUUGUCUGUUUUUCUCUCUCCCUUCCCCUCUGUUUCUCUUUAUUGUGUUCAGGUACAACUGGUUUAACCAGUGCCCAUCUGAAUGAUGAGAAGGGCCAGCAGGACACGGACCCCUGGAAAACGGCCUGCAGUUCCUCGGACACCUCCAACUUCAAGUACCAGGGUCUGUCAUCCCCACAGCCCCUGCCCCGGACAGCUAGCACUCAAGGCAGCUCUCUAGGGCAGUGCCACUUGGAGGAGGUGCCCCCUCCACCCCCAACUGCUGCCAGCAGGUAUUCUCUGGGGAUGGACCCACAGUCCAGGUCCCUGAAGAACGGGGGCUCUCGAUCCUCCUCGAGAGAGAACAGGGCCACCUUGAGAGAGGGGUCUCAGCCAUGCCAGGGGACAGAUGAAGGUCCCAGCUCGGGAACCCAGGACCAGAGGAGCACACCCAUGAGCCAGAAAAGCAGCAUAAUUCCUAACAACAUUCGCCACAAGUUUGGGAGCAACGUGGUGGACCAGCUGGUCUCCGAGGAGCAGGCUCAAAGGGCUAUCAGUGAAGUCUUCCAGGGCCAGAAGAAGGCGAGCUCAUGGCCCAGCAGGAAACAGAGUCCUGCGGAGAUCUCCUCCAUCUUCUCAGACUACUAUGAUCUCGGCUACAACAUGCGGUCAAACUUGUUUCAAGGGGCUCCUGAGGAGACAAAGAGCCUCAUGAAGGCUUCCUACACCCCAGAGGUCAUUGAGAAGUCAGUGCGGGACUUAGAACACUGGCAUGGCAGGAAGACGGAUGACCUGGGUCGGUGGCACCGGAAAAAUGCUAUGAACCUGAACUUGCAGAAAGCACUGGAAGAGAAAUAUGGAGAAAACAGCAAAUCUAAGAGCUCAAAGAUUUGACACGGUAGAGGUGUCCACUACUCAAAUAAAAUGUUAACAAUAA